AGGCAAAGCUAAGACGAAAAUCGUUUCGCACCGAGGUCCUAACAGCGUCUCUGUCCACGGACAUGACGUUAUUGGAGAGUUAAUCAGCUGAUUCUAAGCGAUCAAAUUAACCAAAAUAUAACGUUUAAAUCGUAUGUAAGACGUUUACAUGUGACCGACAUUUGAAGAUUUUCUGGACGGACAUUGUUGACAUGCUCUAUCUCGACUGUCAUUAUGGACAAGAUUUUAGAGGGCCUUGUGAGCUCCAAUCACUCUGUUGCAGUGAAGAGGGCCAUUGUAAAGAAAGUAGUGGAAGCUGCAGAGAAAGAGGUGACAGAGGAGCAGUGUCGGGCACUCUUCACUCUCACAUCCCGCCUCAUCUUACUUGGUGAAGAUGCCUUUCAGAAGCAGAUUGGCUUCCAGGUUUUGGAAGCUUAUGCACGCUACCACCGCCCAGAGUUUGAGUGUUUCUUCAGCAAGGAGUUUGUCCUCAGUCUUCUCCAACAGGGCUAUGGCCAACUGGACCGCAAAAACCCAGCCAUAAUAGACUACAUUCACUGCUGCCUGCGGCUGCUCAUCAGCUGCCCCUCAGUCUUGGAAAUAUUCUGCGUGAUUCAGGUGGAGGUUUUAAGAAUGGUGUGUGAACGUCCGGAGCCUGCUCUCUGUGCUCGCCUGAGCACUUUACUGUCAGACUUUGUUCAGUGCAUACCAAGGGAGAAGUCCGGCAUCUUGUUUUGCCAGCAGCUGGUGAGGACCAUAAGUUACUUCCACUGCUUUGCCAAUCAAGAGCGAGAGCUAAGAGAGUAUGUAAGCCAGGUGACAAAGGUUAGCACACUUCUACAAAACAUCUGGAAGGCUGACCCCGCCACACUGCUUCCCUCACUGCAAGAGGUUUUUGCUAUCAUUUCUUCCACAGACCCCUCGUUUGACCCAUCCAUCGCUCUGGCCAGUCUGGUUCAGCACAUCCCAGUUCAGAUGAUCACAGUGCUUAUCAAGAGUCUCACCACAGACCAAAAUGUUAAAGACGCAAGCAUGACUAAAGCUCUUUGCAGGAUGAUUGACUGGCUUUCUUGGCCCCUGGCUCAGCAUGUGGAUACAUGGGUCAUAGCGCUACUAAAAGGCCUUGCUGCAGUUCAGAAGUUCACUAUCCUUAUUGAUGUCACUCUUCUCAAGAUUGAACUGGUAUUUACUCGUCUGUGGUAUCCCAUAGUGAGGCAAGGGGCACUGGCUGUGCUCUCUCAUAUGCUGCUGAGUUUCCAACACUCUCCUGAGGCCUUCCAUUUGGUUGUUCCACAGGUGGUGCAUCUAGUCCAGUAUUUAAGGACAGAUGGUCUCCCCACCAGUAAAGCUUUCUUGCUGCAGUUCACUGAACUCAUACAUUGUAUGAUGUACCAAUACUCUGGCUUCCCUGACCUCUAUGACCACAUACUAGAAGCCAUCAAAGAUCUCCCAAAGCCUGGAGAGGAGAAAAUAAAACUGGUUUUGAAUCAAAGUGCUUGGACAUCUCAGUCUAACUCAUUUGCCUCUGGUCUACUGAGGCAAGCUGGAAAGUCUGAGACAGGCAAGACAGGCCUGGUCAACCUGGGAAACACAUGCUAUAUGAACAGCAUCAUCCAGACCCUGUUCAUGGCCACAGAUUUCAGGAGGCAUGUUUUAUCAUUACAUCUAAAUGGGUCCAACACACUAAUGAAAAAGCUUCAGCUCCUCUUUGCAUUUCUUGCACAUACUCAGAGGGCAGCAUAUGCUCCCAGAAAUUUCUUGGAAGCAUCACGGCCUCCCUGGUUCAAUGUGGGCUCUCAGCAAGACUGUUCUGAGUACCUUAGAUUUCUUCUGGACAGGUUGCAUGAAGAGGAGAAAACUCUUCAGGUCCUGGAAAUCGCAAACCCAAAAGACUCCUCCCCUGUUGACACAAGUUGCAAGGAUCAAACAGGUCAGACUUCUAAGGAGGGCAAAGAGUCGUCUUUCACCUCUGCAGAAAUCAAACCUGACAACGAUGGGAGGACUUUAAUAGAAAGGAUGUUUGGUGGGAAGCUGAUCACAGGCAUUUGCUGUACACAGUGCAACUGCAUCUCUGAGAAAGAGGAGCCUUUCACAGACCUCUCCUUGGCCUUCUGUCCUUCUGCCACCUCUCAGGGCGGCCCUCAACAUGACGAACCCAAGGUUCUCUGUCAGGGAUCUGUCAAUGGUGGCAGUGAAAUGCCUGAACCUGGCUCAUCCAAAGCCCUGGCCAGUAAUGUCCAUUUUGUGCCAGUGACAAAUGAGACUCCACUUUCUGUGCCUGACCUGGUAAAUUAUUUUCUGGCUCCAGAGAUCCUGGACGAAGACAAUGCCUAUUUUUGUGAGAAGUGUAAUUCCCUGCAGCGGGCAGAGAAAACCAUGAGAGUGGUGUCAGCUCCUGAGUACCUGAUCCUCACGCUGCUGCGUUUUUCGUACGAUGCCAAAUGUCACGUCCGGAGAAAGAUUCUGGACAACGUCACCAUCCCGUCACUCAUGAAACUUCCAGUACAUGUCCUUUCAGCACAUACACAAUGUUCCUCUACUUCUUCAUCUCCACUGCAAGUGGACUCCCCUGAGAGCAGUGAGAAUUUGGCCAAAAAACUCAAACCAUCACAGAAAGAUGAGGAUGAAGAAGAAGAGACAAUAGACAGAAUAGACCUAAACAGAGGAGCAGGAAUGCCAGUCCAGUCAGUGCCCUACGUCCUCAGCUCAGUGGUGAUGCAUUCUGGUAUAUCGUCUGAGAGUGGCCACUACUACUCCUACGGGCACAACAUCAGUGGGGCAGAUGGAGCACAGCAUUCAGCCAAUCACUUCACCCUCAAGGAUUUAGGGAACGGCCAGGUCGAAAACAACCUCUCCACAUGCUCUGCUGUCUCAGUAGCACCUGAGCAAGGAGAAACCCGUCCUAAUAGUGGCCAGGAGGCAAAAGAUUGGCUGCUGUUUAAUGACAGCAGAGUGACGUUCACGUCUUUCCAACUGGUGCAAAACAUUACUAAUCGCUUCCCCAAGGACACGGCUUAUGUGCUCAUGUACAGAAAGCAGGAGCUACCAGGACAGAAAAGGAACGGAGGAAUGAUGGCAAAUGGAACGAGACUGAGCACUGAGCCUCCUCUGCAGAAAGAACUACUGGAUGCUAUUAUCAAGGACAACAAGCUAUAUUUACAGGAGCAGGAACUCACUGCUCGGACCCAGGCUCUCCAGGCCCCUACAUCUUCCUGCUCAUUUAGGCCCAAUGGUUCAGAUGACAAUAACCCACCAGGGAGUUGCGGCCCAUCUGGUGGAGGCGGAGGUGGAGGGGGAGGUGGUUUCAAUACCAUUAGUAGAUUGGUGUUCUGAAAGGAAAAACAAUGCUGCAAAAACCCAUGUGAACUGGAACUAAUGGAGACCAGGACUGCUGCACAGGAACCUGAAGUUCAGACUCUAGAUGCAUAUAUGUGCAUAUAACCUCAUAAAACAAGCACUGAAAUGAUCAAAAACAGUGUGUCUGUGCCGUUUUUGAUUUUGGGUAGGAUUUGGCUAAAACAGCUUUUAUACCACUGCUUCAGUCAUCAUUUCAUUUUUAUUUAUUAGGAUUAUUUUUUAUAAUCUUGAAUUUGUAAUCAUCCAAUGCUCCAUAGGUCUGAGGUAGAUAACACUCAUCGAUAUAAAUGUAACCUUUUAAUAAAAGAAACAUGACUCAAAGUAAUUUGAUAUUGUACAAGUUACAUUAAUUACCACUGGACUCUUGAUGAUUUUUGACAUUUUACAUUUAUAGAAAUGUGAAAUUAGUUCUAUCUAGGACAUGUUUAUGUUAUGUAUAAUAUUAUUACCUUAAUAGAAACGCGAACAUAUGCACACACAUGCAUGUGCAAUUUACAAUACAGCUGUAGGAGGACAUUUUUGAACUGUCACAGUUGAGAAACCAACUCUGACCUUACUUUUCUGAAUUGCAUGCAGCUUUUUCUUCACAAGCUGUGGGGUUUGAUUUUACAGAUAUUUGAAAUUUUUGAUGUAUGAUUUUGGUGUUUUAUAGGUUUCAUAUCUCACGCAAUAAAUGUAUAUAUGACUCAAGUACGAUUUCUAAAUAAUCGUGGAAUACACACUGUAAGUGGAAAAUGUAAACCAUAUAUAUGGGGAAUUUCCUAGAUAAAGGCAUUUUCAGUAUGAAUAUUUAAAGCUCUUCUCACUAUUAGCCAGUGAUGUACAGACUUGGCUAAAGACCUUUGUGUUUGUGUUGAUUUUAUGUGCCUUUCGAGUGCUGCAGAUUUUUGAUUUAAGUAUUUGUCUGUAUUUACACCUCAGCUGUUCUGUGUUCGUAAUAAUGACGACUUCACCUUUCCCCCUAGAAAAGUCUAAGCAUUCUAUUGGCAUUGUCUUACUUAAGGGCAGUUGUUUAUGGUGAGGUCAAAGUGAUAUAUUGGUAACAAGUUGGCCAGAUGUUUGUUUAGACCAUUGGUGGAGUAUUGGAUGAACUGGAUUACCGGUAGAUUAAUAUUUAACACUUCUUUAAACAAAAGCAAGAUAAACAACAAAAUGAUUGUGGCCGAUAUGUACUGUCGAUGUCCACAUGUCUCAACUUUUGUGUCAUCUCCUUUGUCACAUUUUCCUCUUCCCAAUGCAAAACAUGUAUCGGGGCCUUGCAGCCUCUUCUUGUACAUUUUUCAGUUGCUUGGAUUACGUUAAUCACCUACUGUACAUAUUUUUUCCCAUCUGUCAUUAUUCAGUGACCUCAUCACCACCAGUGUGAGUUCUUGAAAUUACAAAUUGUUUUUUUAAAUUAAAUUCUUUGACAUGAAA